AUUUUAUCUUCAAAUAAAUAUGAAAACAGAUACUAUCACCAAGCUAGGGUUUUAUAUAGCCUUACUAGCCACUGUUAUGGCAGAUAGCUUGUAUAGUGUAAUUGUAAACUCACCGAAUACUGAUACUGGCGUUAUAAUUGGUAACAAGGUAUACCCACUCUCGCCUUCCUCCAAAAGUCCCAUUCUCUGGCAAGGAAUAGCUCCAUCCAAUGUUGACUACAGCUACGUUAAAAUUGAAAAAGGAACUUCCAAAAUCAUCGAACGGGAGCCAUUCAGCCGCAGGGCUAUUCAAAACGAUACUGUCAAUGAGUUUUUUAAUAGAAACUGGAACACAAAGUCUAUGGUCACGUUUGACACGAUAGAAAGUAUCCCCAAGAAUUUCAAUCGCCAUUUUGAUAAUCAUCAGAUAGAUAACAUUCAUAAAAAUUACCUUGAUGAUAUCACUAUCAGUUCAAAUAUGACCUAUAUAAGUACAAGUACUGUCCAGUUAUUUACAAAUGUAGGAUUUGAAGUUGGUGGUCGUUCCUCUAGACUUUUUACCAAAUUGGCAUAUAAUAUUAAACUCGCAAAAAAAGGAGGGAACUUAGGCGGUUAUCGUAAGCUUAAGUUGCGUACUACUGUCAGUGAUCCUAGUUACAUGCGGGAGUACUUAGCAACCGAAAUGAUUUAUGCAGCUAACCAACCUUGUUCAAGAGCAUCUCAUGUCAGAGUUUUUAUCAACGACCGUGCUAUUGGUUUAUUUUCGCUUUUGGAAAAAUACGAUGAUACCUGGUUGGCUAAUACAUUCGGAUCUGGUGAUAUUAAAAGCUAUUCCAACGGACUUUUAUAUGAAGGAGAGGGAGGUAAAAAAGAUGAAAACCGAGCUGACCUUUCAUACAAGGGAGACAAUCCUGCUUUGUAUGACUCUUCUGCUUAUUCUGUCGCAGAGAAUCCCGCUCAAGGAGUUAAAAACGAUUUCUCUGAUUUGAUUGUCUUCACAAAGUUUAUCCGAGAUCAAAUUGAAUUUCAAAAAGGAAAUAAUAGAUCUGCGAUCGAAGCUACUAAGCCUUUAUGGGAACAACAAAUUGAUGUUGAAGGGUUUUUGGUUGGAAUGGCACUAGAGUUUAUUCAAGGUUCUUGGGAUGCAUACCAGCAAAAUACCAACAAUUAUUUCCUGUACAAAUCACCUGAACAAAACAGGUUCAUUUUUAUCAGUUGGGACUUUGACUACGUUAUGGGAAGUGGACCAGUCAAUAUGAAGGCAAUUGCAGUAGGAGAUUAUAAUAGUUAUGGCGGUGCUCAAUUAAGACCUCUAAUGGUUGCACUAUUGAAUAUACCAUCCUACCGGGAACUUUACGAGAAGAACCUAAACCAUAUAAUAACUAGCUUGUACAACCCAAGUAAAUCUUUCCCAGUAAUCGAUUCCGUUUACAGCCUUCUUGAAGAUGAUGUUGCAUGGGACAAGAGUUUAGAUCAUGUUCGAAAGGGGCCUGAAUAUUUGACUUUGGAAAACUUAUUCAAAGACAGUUUAGGUGACGAUGCUGGUCGACCUCUUUGUAUAAGCUAUCUCAAUGCAAUUGAAUUUCUUAUUCGUAUCAAUUCAAAGAUAUCUUUCUUUAAAGCCGUAGAAGGUAAAACUGGCCACUCUUCUUUAUACAGCAUUAAGGGAUGGAUUAACGAGAAAUUGGAAAAUGUCAAAAAUAAGACUACUUAUAAACAAUUACUACCUCUAAAAUAAAUUUUUACGAUUCCAA